UCAGUUCCCUGGCUAUGAACAACAACAACUUGUCGACGGCCAACAACAACACGACCGUACCGGGCAGCGGAGUCGCCGGCGCCGGCGUCGGCGGUCUUACCGUUGUUAACCCCAAUUCUGCAACAACUGCCGUCCUGAACAACAAUAACAACCCACUGGCCAACAACGCCAACACGUCAAGUGUCGGUAGCAACACAGGAUCGUCCAGUACGAACACUUCGUGUAACAACAAUAACACCAGUGUAGUUAGUUUGCAACAGUCGACUUCUCCGAUAAAAAUUGACCAGGAGCAGCCAGAUAGUGAUACAAUAAAAAUGUUUGUUGGUCAAGUGCCGAGGUCGAUGGAUGAAAAUGACUUGAGGAGGAUGUUUGAAGAAUAUGGCAGGGUGCACUCGAUAAAUGUAUUAAGAGACAAAGCGACGGGAGCGAGUAAAGGUAAGUUUUGUCUGAUUUUAUAA